UCUGCAUCACUUCAAACUCCUGCCUGCACUUCUCCGAGAGCUACUCCUCCUCCUGAAGCAGAGACGAGCAGUGUUCCUCCGCAGACUGUCCGGUCCGCAAACGGCUAAGUAAAAGUCCCCACACGCCGCGAUGGGGACCAGCUGAACCGCACGCAAGGGGGGUAGAAGAGGUCGGUCGUGCAGUUUCCCGUGUAGUAGUAGUGAGCGUCCUGGAGGAGGAGGGGGACACAGACACACACACAAGCGCGCGACGUUCGUGUCCUAUCGUAGACGUUAACGGCCAACGGUCGGAGCUAGUCACCUGAAUACCUGCGGCGUUUCGCACCGACGCCUGCGCUUACACCGAGAGAGGCUGAGGAGGGGGUGGGACGGGGCAGGAGAAAGUUUCUCGAGCUUGGCGCAAACACAGCAGUCAAACAAUGCGGCUGACCCCGACAAAGUCCUUUCCGUCGGCAGCGCUGCUAAUCCUGCUGCUCGUCCGCUGGUCCGACAGCAUCUCACUGUCCCCUCAAGAGGCGAACCAGUUUCUGAGCAGACACAGGAGGGCGAAUCAAGUCUUCGAGGAGACGAAGCAAGGACACUUGGAGAGGGAGUGCGUGGAGGAAAAGUGCAGCAAGGAGGAGGCCAGAGAAGUGUUUGAAAACGACCCGGAGACGAACUACUUUUAUCCCAAGUAUUUAGCCUGCCUGGACACGUUUGGAGAUUCUGAAAAGAAAAAACAGGAUCUGGUCACAUGUGUCCACAAUAUUCCCAAUCAGUGUUCUCCCAAUCCCUGCAAUCCCAGCGGUACCGUCCGCUGCGAGGACAAAAAGGGCGACUUCCUCUGUCAUUGUUUUACGGGCUGGACGGGAGCCACGUGUGAGAAAGAUGUCGAUGAGUGCAGCAGGAGAAAUGGAGGAUGUGACCACGAGUGCAACAAUACUGUGGGCAGUUACCACUGCUCCUGUCGCCAAGGCUACACACUGUCAGGACGUCAGCUGUGUAAUGAUCUGGACGAGUGCAAGAUCGCGGGUGUGUGUGGAACGGCACGAUGUGAGAAUAAGGAGGGUGGCUACGACUGCUUGUGUGACAUCGGCUAUGUUUACGACAAUGAAACCAAAAGCUGCGUCGAUGUGGAUGAGUGUGAGACGGGUGUCUGUGAAGAGGAGUGUUUGAACACUCAGGGGAGUUUCCACUGCUUCUGCGACGGACGCCAGGGUAUGAAGCUGGCGCAGGACCUUCGGAGCUGUAAGCCUAUAACUCCCUGCACAACACCGGCCCUGAAGAGGAACCCCCGCUCUCUUUACCUGGGACGCAUGUUCAGCGGUGUUCCAGUGGUGCGGCUGCGUUUUCGCCGCAGGGUUCACACAGGCUUUUCAGCAGAGUUUGACUUCCGCACCUACGAUCACGAGGGAGUGAUCUUCUUUGCUGGAGGUCACUUAAACAGCUCCUGGAUUGUGCUGGCGAUGAACCAGGGGAAGCUGGAGCUGCAGCUGAAAUAUGGCGGCGUCAGCAGGGUCACCAGCAGCGGACCUAUUGUCAGCGAUGGCCAGUGGAGGAAGAUCUCGGUGGAGGAGCAGGGGCGGAGCCUAGUGAUUAAGAUUGACAGGGAAGCAGUGAUGAAGAUUGCGGUAAACGGGGACCUGUUCACACUGAAAAAGGGGAUGCAUGAGCUCAACCUCACUGUGGGGGGAGUGCCUUUCAAAGAGGACAGCCUGGUCAAUAAGGUGAACCCUCGUCUUGACGGUUGUAUGAAGGAGUGGCGCUGGCUAACGGGUGAAGACACCUCCAUACAAGAAACCAUCAGGUCUAAUGAUAACAUGCAGUGUUUCAGCAGUGAGGAUCCAGGGGCAUAUUACCCCGGCACAGGCUUUGCUCUCUUCAACAUCACCUAUGAAUCACAGAACCUGAGCGUCCGCUUGACCCUGAAUCCAACCACUGCUAUCGGGGUGCUUUUUGCACUGGUUCACCAGGACAGAGUGCCUCUCUCCAUUGCUCUGGCUGAUUAUAACCCUGUAACUGAUGAGUGGCGAGAUUUUGUUCUGGUGUCUGUAGGUAAUGUCGUCAUUGCCAGCUCUCCUGCACCCUUCUGUGAUGGUAUGAGUCAUGAAAUCCAGGUGACAAUCUCUGGUAACCAGACCCUUCUGCUGGUCGACGGCCAUUCUGGACGAAGUGAAGAUGCUGAAGUUCCCACCGGCCUCCUGUCACAGUCUACUACCUUCAUAGGAGGCCUCCCUGAUGUUCCUCUGGUGUCCACGCUGGUGUCGACACCCUACAGCGGCUGUAUGGAGGUCAGUGUUAACGGGCAGCCUCUGGACCUGGACCGGGCCAUCCACAAACAUAACGACAUCCGCUCGCACUCCUGCCCCCUGCUGGACUCCCACCAGUGAACGGCGCUUGAAUCUGCCAAAACCAAUCCAUAAGCAGUUCAUUGAGACAAGGGGGUGAUGGGAAAAUGUUUUUAAUUGGAAUAUGUCACAGUGUGGCUUGAGCCCAAGAUCACCCCUUCCCCUCCAUCCUCUCCCUCCCCGGCCUUAUCCUGUGAUGACACUGCUGCCUAGAAGCAGUGGCAGGGAUUUUCACAGCAGUCUCAGUGUUAUGACCCAGCAAGUUAGUUCUUCUGCCAGUGAGUAACACCCCCUGUACAAAGGGAAUAAUAGCUGCACAGCAUUGCCUGAAAACUAGCUGUGUUUUAAAGCCUCGUAAGCUCACAAGAACAUGCAGGGUCUAAUCCAAAAUCAAUGCUACGGGUUUGGUCCGGGGUCAGCCUUCUACGCCUGGUAUCCUGUGCUUAAACGCAGAUCUAACUGGAGGUUUGUAAGCAACGACUAGUCUGUGCUCGUGUUGCUUACAUCCAGCUCACUUAAGGUCCACGUUCACAAAGCUUGAAUUAAUCGAGUGCUAAUGUAGAAUCUCCAAUUAAAUGAAAAUGUAAGAAUUAAAAACACAGGGACCAGAAGACAGUCCUACUCAGCUACUUCACUCAGAGAAAAUGUGUGAACAGGUGCUCAGAUCUUCAGUGAAUAAAUCCCAUUUGCCCUUA